AUGUAUUUGGACAACCUGCACCCUCUGCAAUACAGAGCUAAAGCCAAGCUUUAUAUUUUCACAGACACUGUAAAAGAUUCAAACUGCCUAGCGGACCCAGCAACAAAUCAAAAUGAAGAACGGUUAAGCACCCUGGACUGUCUGAAGCAAAUCCUCAUUGAGUUUCGGAAUGCAGCCAAUCCUGAAGAUUGGGUGACCGUUUCUGAUAGCUGCAGUUAUAAGAGACUUAUUGAAUAUCUUGGCUUAGACAGCGAUGACUUUCAGAUGACGUCUCUGCGCCCGGUGUAUAACUGGAGCCAUCCUACUAAAGUUUACGUGGACCUGUUUGUGACCUCCAUCACAGAUGUGGUAUUCAUUCAACUUCAUUCAAACACAAUGAAAAAGCCCAAAGCUUCUCAACUCAGAUCACAGUUGUAUUGCAUCGCGACAGAAUUUGCAUCUAUGGAAAAUACUUAUGUAAAGAUGUUCAGUGAGGGUCAUGUACUCCUGUCUGAAACUUUAAUUUUGACCACCGCCUGCAAGAUGGACCUGUACACGUUUCCCUUUGAUGUUCAAACCUGUACUCUGACUCUUCAGUCCGCAUUGCAUUCAAUCAACGAGCUUACAAUCAAUCAAUUUUCUGAUGCAACAUUUAUGACUGCCAGCUCUAAGAAGGCUUUUCAAACUCAAGGGGAGUGGGACCUCCUCAGUAUUACCACGUCUAAAUCAAAUCUGACUACUUUUGGAUAUUUACUGGAUCAGCUGAAAUUUGAGAUCACCAUAAAACGGAGACCUUUACUUUAUAUCAUCAACUUCAUAUCACCAGUGUUUUGCUUUCUUGUGUUGGAUGUGGCAACGUUUUUCAUGGAUUCACAAGGAGGAGAGAAGCUGGGCUUUAAAGUGACUUUACUUUUGGCGAUUUCUGUGUUACUGCUCAUUCUUAAUGACACGCUGCCCUCUACUGCCAAUGAGGUCCCAUUGAUUGGGGUUUUCUGCAGUGUGAUUUUCAUUCUCAUUGGUAUCAGCAUUUUGGAGACCAUUCUUGUGGAUUUUCUGUUGGCUAGAGGAGAUCAGAUUAAGGAUUCCACAUCUACUGUUACUGGUAAAUAUUUACCCUGA